AUGGACGAUGAACACAGCUCCGACCCGGGCACACCGGAUGAAUUCCGCCCAAGUAAUCCAACCUCGCCGGGCUCGGUUGAUGCAUCGUCAGAGGCGAGCACGCCCCUUGAUCCGCCCAGUUCGAGCUCCGACACAGCACCCGCCUUCGCUCCAGAGAGCGAGGGGCCCCCACGCCGAGUUCCGUCAUUGCGAAGCCGCUCUGACCCGCAGAGUACUAGUCAAAUGAGCCCCAGCUCGAGUGUCACGGGCAUUCUGAAUACUAUGAGGAGGCCGCCGCCGAGCGCAAACAGUCUCCCUUCGGACGUCAUGCAAAAAGCAAGGGCGUUGCAGGCGCAACGUAUGAAUAUGACUGCCCGCGCUGCCAGCUCGGCCACCACAAGUAUGAGCAUGAACAUGGGCGGCCCGGUCGGCGGGGGCAUGGCUGGCGGCAUGCCGCCCAACAUGAAAUUACCGGGUGGCUUGGCUCGGCCCGUACCGUCUUCGUUUCCGAAAUCUGCACCCGCCGUUCCAGCGGCGGCAAAGAAACCCCCGAGCCUGAGCGAGAGGAGAGCCAUGAAACUGGGUGCUCUGCCCGGUUCCGGAACCCCGUCACCUUCUGGCACCCCGAAGCUGCCAGACAUGGGCGGUCAAGACUCGAGGCAGCGGCCGUCCUUGAAUGGAGAAGGGCGCGGUUCCAGACUUACCGACUUUAAGAACUACAUCGAUGCAGAAAAGGGUUGGAUUACGUUUGAUGGCGCGGCGACAAUCACGCGGACAGGAGUCAAUUUCGCAAAUGGACAAGCGUUUUCAAUCUCGCUGGACGAGAUAGACGUGCUCGAUGAGUUGGGCAAAGGGAAUUAUGGCACAGUAUACAAGGUCCGCCACGCGCGGCCAAAGGCUCCUCGGUUUGGUCAGGGUUUGAGCGGCUUCAGGCAGCAUUCGUCGACCGAGACGGAAGCGGACGAGGGCACAUCGGCAAGCACCUCAAACGGCGGACGCACAACUACAGGCGUGAUCAUGGCAAUGAAGGAAAUCCGACUUGAGCUAGAUGAAGCCAAGUUCACAACCAUUCUCAAAGAACUCGUCAUCUUACACGAGUGCGUUUCCCCUUAUAUCAUCGACUUCUAUGGCGCCUUUUUCCAAGAAGGGGCCGUCUACAUGUGCAUUGAAUACAUGGACGGCGGCAGCAUUGACAAGCUCUACGCUGGAGGGAUCCCUGAGAACGUGCUGCGGAAGAUCACGUUUGCGACGAUUGUGGGCCUCAAAACCCUCAAAGACGACCACAACAUCAUCCACCGCGACGUCAAGCCCACCAAUAUCUUGGUCAACACGAAUGGGCAGGUCAAGAUUUGCGAUUUCGGCGUGUCUGGCAAUCUGGUUGCAAGCAUCGCCAAAACCAACAUUGGUUGCCAAAGCUAUAUGGCGCCCGAGCGCAUCAGCGGUGGCGCCAUGGCGGCUGGGCCCGGUGGCGUCGCGAACGGAACAUACAACGUCCAGAGCGACAUCUGGAGUUUAGGCUUGACCAUCAUCGAGUGCGCAAUGGGGAAGUACCCGUACCCACCCGAGGUGUCCAGCACGAUAUUUAGCCAGCUAAGUGCCAUCGUCGAAGGCGAUCCUCCGGACCUCCCUAGCGAAGGUUACUCUGCUGCGGCACAAGACUUUGUCCGCUCGUGCCUGAACAAGAUCCCGACCAAGCGGCACACGUAUCCGAUGCUGCUCACGCACCCCUGGAUCAAGGCACUCGGCAAGCCCGAGACGAUUGCCGAAGACGCUGAGGCCGAGGAUGCAGCUGCCGAGAACGAGCUCGCCGAUGCCACGGGCUCAAUGAGCUUGAAUAAUCCCUCUGGUCUUGUCGGUGAAGGAGACUACGAGGUUGCCGAGUGGGUCAGGACGGUGUUGGAGCGCAAGAGGAAAGGGCUGCUCAAGGACGAGGCAAAGAAGCCGGCUUUGCACGCAGCGCCGCUGGACUCGGUGAGCCCGGUGUCGAGUCCCUUUGUACGGGCCUGA